CCGACCACCAGUGGACCGGUUCAGAGAGUUUUGUUGGUGACCAACUGACUGAACUGACAAUGGAUAGCUCCUCCGAUGCUCAUGGGCGUCACAAGUGCGCGGCGUGCUUCCGGCAGUUCAACAAGAUGGAGCACCUGGUGGAGCACAUGCGGGCGGCGCGGCACUCGCCGCACGAGCCCCGCUGCGGCGUCUGCGGCAAGCACUGCCGCUCCUUCGAGGCGCUCAGGGACCACCUCGGCGCCGGCGGCUCCACGCUGCCCAAGGCCGCCAGCUGCGCCAGCGAGUUCGCGGCGCGCGGUUGCAAGCUCUGCCUCCGCGUCCUCGCCAGCGCCGCCGCGCUCCGAGCCCACCGCGGCUGCGAGCUCUCGCGCACCCCGCCGAUGGCGAGGCUGCAUCACCAGGCGCAGGCACCGCAGGGAGGAGGGCGGGCGCUGGCGCUGGGCUGCAAGAUGGUCGGCGCCGGGAGCGACGGCUCCCUCGACGUGGUGGCCCGGGUGUGCGUCGUCGACGAGCAGGAGGGCCUCGUAUUCGAGGCCUUCGUGAAGCCGCUCAUCCCGGUGACGCACUACCGGUACGAGACGACGGGGAUCCGGCCGGAGCACCUCCGCGAGGGCAUGACGGUGAAGAGCGCGCAGCGGCGGGUGCAGGAACUGCUGCUCAACGGCGAGCAGCCGUGGAAGGCGCGCACCAGCCGGGGCAGGGCCCGGCUGCUGGUCGGCCACGGCCUGGACCACGACCUCGACGCGCUCGGCAUGGACUACCCGGCCUACCUCAAGCGCGACACGGCCACGUACCCGCCGCUGAUGAAGACGAGCAAGCUCAGCAACUCGCUCAGGUUUCUCACGCACACCUACCUCGGCUACGACAUCCAGACGGGGCACCAGCACCCCUACGAGGACUGCGUCGCCGCCAUGCGCCUCUACCACAGGAUGAAGCGGCAGCAGCACCCCAAUAGCGGCGGCGGCGCCGACGGACCGGCGGCGAGCGCGGACCAGGCGUUCCCGGCGUGGAGGCAGCGGGAGCUGGAGCGCAUGACGCCCGAGGAGCUGCUCCGGCUCUCCACGCCGGACUACCACUGCUGGUGCCUCGACGACUAGCCAGCCAUGGCUAGGCUCCGGCGGAGCCAGAUCGAGAGCGUAUCGUUAUCACGUCGUCCCAAGACGACGACCGACGUGGACGGAUAUGAUUCUGCACCGAUCAGCCAUGCGUCAGCUCCGGCUCAAAGAAUUAC